AUGGCAUCAAAUCAAUCCUCAAUUCUGCCAGCAGACCUUAUGGAGUCACAACUAUCCACAAUUGACCUCUUAGUGGCAAUGUUCCCAUCGCCAGAGGAACUAGAAAUUCCUGAAUCGACAACUCAAUACGUUGAGAAACUUCGCAAUUGGUGCGAGAAUCCAGACUCCAAAAUCUCCGGUAUCCCGCCAACUAUAUCGCUUUCUGUGUAUCUGCCAAUUGCAGACGGUGACCGGAAUAUACAAGUCAAUAUCUCAGUACCAUUGCAUUGCGAAAGUCCUGACACAAUCGACCAACCACCUUCAUUGGGCUAUUCACUUCGACAACCGGACUGGAUGUCUAGAGCCGAGGCGGCCAACAUCACCGCUUCAAUACCACAAAGCGAUGACGCUUUAGAAGUAUUCGAAUACAUUCAAGUGGAGGCCAAUCAAAUUCUUGGAAGCAAGCAAAGUCAGACCGUCCCAUCAGAAGAUACCAACAAAGGACCCAUUGUCCGGGUCUGGUUCUAUUUCCCAUCUCUAUCCACGCGAAAGAAGAGAGACGACAUGGUCAAUCUUGCACCUGCUUAUUCUCUGACGGGCUUUGUCCUCGCAGGCAAACCUGGCGUGUUGUGUCUUGAGGGAGUGUCAUCGGAUGUCGAUUCCUAUAUGAGUUUUAUCAAAACACAUUCUUGGGGGGAUAUCCCCAGCCACCAGAAGAAAGUGAGCGAGCGUUUCCGGGAGGUGGAAAGUGUUCAGAGAGUCUUUCCUGGAAUGGAAGAGAUCACGGAUUCCUUGGGUGAACGUGGCGGACAGCGCGCUAAUCGUGGUGAUAUGCAAGCUCUAGAGGCGUGGUUAGGGAGCAGGGGGCUCCAAGAGGCAUUUGAGAAGGUAAUAUUUUAA